CCUUGGCCUCCCAUGACCCUGUCACUGGUUGGCUGGUUCUCCACUUUCAGUUGCUGCAGUGUGGAGUUGCUCUGACCCCGUUGUAGUCCCUCCAAUCCUUACACUUGUCCCUGUUUUCUACUUUCAUCGCAUCAACUUCAGGGACAACAUGUUUACUUCCUGCCCUAAUAUAUCAAUAAUCAAUGUUAUUCCCGUUACCUGUCAGUGGUCAGAAUGCAAUGGCUGAUCAAGGAAGAUCUGCAGUCUCUGGUCAUCUCCUGUACCGUGUCCGCAGUCUCUGGUCAUCUCCUGUACUGUGUCUGCAGUCUCUGGUCAUCUCCUGUACUGUGUCUGCAGUCUCUGACCGUCUCCUGUACUGUGUCUGCAGUCUCUAGUCAUCUCCUGUACUGUGUCCGCAGUCUCUGGUCAUCUGCUGUACUGUGUCUGCAGUCUCUAGUCAUCUCCUGUACUGUGUCCGCAGUCUCUGGUCAUCUUCUGUACUGUGUCGGCAGUCUCUGGUCAUCUCCUGUACUGUGUCCGCAGUCUCUGGUCAUCUCCUGUACUGUGUCGGCAGUCUCUGGUCAUCUCCUGUACUGUGUCCGCAGUCUCUGGUCAUCUCCU